UAACCUGAAUUAUUCAAUCAGGACGUCCUAAUUUUUAGACAAUAAUAAACAGAAUUUGGGCGAGACAAGUGUGACAUGAGACGGUCAAAUGUCGCACUCAAUAAGUAUUCCACGAAAACUGCCACUACUGCAGGUUGUUGACAAUGUGUUGCUGCCGGGCUCAUCUAUGCGGAUACCUGUCAGAAAUGCCAAAAACAUGAACAUGGUGAAGACCCAUCUGCUGAGCAGGAACACGUUGAGCAGUACAAUCAUUGGCGUGAUUCCUCGAGAGCCGUCUGAUGAUAGCCAGACAGAGGAGUUGUCUUCCCUUCAUUCCAUCGGCACUGCAGCUGUAGUCGUCCAGGUGACUGGAACCAACUGGCCGAAGCCUUCAUACACUCUGCUGGUCACUGGGCUGUGUCGCUUUAAACUUGAACAACUUCUGCAGGAGACACCGUAUCCCAUAGCAACAGUUACCCAGCUAGACAAGCUAGAGGAGGCAGACCAUGAUUAUGGUAACAAGCCCGAACUGGGCCAGCUUGCAGAAAACUUCCGUGAUCAGGCUGCAAAACUGGUCGACAUGCUGGACAUCUCUAUACCCAUAGUCUCCAAACUGAAGCGUAUGUUGGAGAGCGUUCCUAGUCAGCACUUGCCUGACAUCUGUGCAGCCCUGGUGAAGGCUUCGUUCACGGAGAAGAUACAAGUACUGGACGCUGUGGACCUUACAGAUCGCUUCCGCAAGACCUUGCCCUUGCUCAUGAGGCAGAUUGAGGGUUUAAAGCUCCUACAGAAGGCGAGGAAGGAUAAGGCGUUGGAGAUCAGGAUAUCUCAGCGCGAUAGGGGCACGCCUGUCAACAUGAACAGACUGUUCCGUGGAAAGAUGAAGACAGAUGUGGAGGACGAGGACAAUGAAGAUGUCGAUGAAAUGUCUGAUCUUGAGAGUAAAAUUAAGAGUGCUGAGAUGCCUGAGCACGCUCACAAGGCGGCCAUGAAGGAGCUUAAAAGACUCAAGAAGAUGCCUCAACACAUGCCAGAACAGGCCAUGCUCAGGAGUUACCUUGAGCUCAUGGUAGAGCUACCCUGGUCAAAGACUACCAAAGACUCACUGGACCUUGCACAGGCUCGUAAAGAUCUAGAUGUCGACCAUUUCGGGCUUGAGAAGCUGAAAAAGCGAGUGCUUGAGUAUUUGGCAGUACGCCAACUGCGUAAGACAUUGAAAGGGCCAAUAUUGUGCUUUGUGGGGCCGCCAGGAGUAGGGAAAACCAGCGUUGGGAAGUCUAUUGCUCAUACACUGGGGCGAGAGUUUCACAGGAUAUCACUGGGUGGUGUGUGUGACCAGUCAGACAUCAGGGGUCACAGGCGUACCUACAUCGGCUCCAUGCCAGGCAGGAUCAUCCAGGGACUGAAAACUGUGGGAACUAACAACCCAGUCUUUCUGCUUGACGAAGUGGACAAAUUGGGCAAGAGUAUCCAUGGCGACCCAGCAGCGGCCUUGCUAGAAGUCCUGGACCCAGAGCAGAAUAAUUCUUUCACUGAUCAUUACCUGAAUGUGCCAUUUGACCUGUCUCAGGUUAUGUUUAUUGCUACGGCCAACAGUAUGAGCAGUAUACCAGCAGCCUUGUUGGACCGCAUGGAGAUAAUACAAGUACCUGGAUACACCCAAGAAGAGAAAGUGAACAUCGCUGUGCAGCAUCUGUUGCCAAAACAGUUACGUGAACACGGCCUAACUGUGGAACAGUUACAGAUACCAGAAGAUAGCAUCAAAAGCAUCAUUUCCCGGUACACUCGCGAGGCAGGGGUGCGCUCACUGGAACGUAAAUUGGCAGCCAUUUGUAGAGCUGUGGCCGUCAGGGUUUUAGAGAGCAGUUCGCAAUCUGAAAGAGACAAGGUCGAUAAGAUUCAGACAUCGAAAAGGGAGUUGACCAACGACAAGCUUUUGGAUCACGUUUCUAACGAGGCCUCAGCUCUGGCCCAUCCACCAGACAUGCCCAUUGUGAUUGAUGAAGCUGCCAUUGAAGACAUCCUUGGGCAACCUGUGUAUGAGAGUGAGAUUGCCCAGCAUCUUGUUGACCCGGGUGUAGCUGUCGGUCUGGCAUGGACACCCAUGGGAGGGGAGAUCAUGUUUGUUGAGGCCUCCAGCAUGGCAGGGGAGGGAACUCUCACGCUGACCGGUCAGCUUGGGGACGUGAUGAAGGAGUCGGCUAAUCUUGCGCACAACUGGGUCAAGACCCAUGCCAGACAGUUCAAUCUUGAUGAAAAAGAACUCUUAAAGUCUGACCUUCACAUCCACUUUCCUGCCGGGGCAAUUGGCAAGGACGGACCAUCAGCUGGAGUAACCAUAGUAACUGUCCUGGUAUCACUGCUGACCCAUCAAUGUGUGCGCUCAGACACCGCUAUGACAGGGGAGAUAACACUGAGAGGAAUUGUACUGCCUGUGGGGGGUAUUAAGGAAAAGGUGCUAGCAGCCCACAGGGCAGGGCUGACCAGGGUCAUACUUCCUAAGAGGAAUGAAAAGGACCUGCAGGACAUACCUGCCAAUGUCAAGGCGGAUCUAACCUUUAAACUAGUUGACAAUUUGGAGGAUGUGCUGCGUGCAGCAUUUGAUAAGACCGUGUUGAUAUCAACACCUGUUGUUCCCAGCAGACUGUGAGAGUGAAAGGGUUUUAGUUGUUCCGCGUAGGGACACUUGGUGGGUGUGCAAUAAAAGUGAAGUAUUAAUUGGAAGAGCUGGACUGAAGGCAUGUGCGAAAAAAGUUGUCCCAGAUGAGCAUGUACACAAAACCAAUAGGGGAUGACACUUUUGGCUUUUAUGAAAUUUUUCAUGUAAGGAAAAUAUCUUCUUAAUAUAAUUUUAGUCUAUGCAGAAAGUUUUGUCCCAGAUUAGCCUGUGCAUACUACACAGGCUUAUCUGAGAUGACACUUCACGCACAUGCACAUGCAUUAAACACUGUUGUCCCAUAGCGAGGCUCAGCGUGAUUUCUUUUCAUGUCUGAUUUUUACAUUUUCACAAAAAGCAUAUAAUACACUUCCAUUGAAAAGACAAAAAUGAAAAUUAAAGAAUCUUAAACAUGAAUGGAUAUAUUUCUCACAUUUUGCUAUGUUUUUUCGGGUUGUCAGCGAUUAUUGAGGCAAUCAUGUUAAUGGAAUAAUACUUGUCAAAGUAUUGUGUUUAAGUAUUACAUCCAACAGAUAUCGUGUUCUUUGUCAGUUAAUUGAUUCAUGUACAACCCAGCAUUGAUGUGAGCAGUUGUUUUUUUGUUUCAAUCACUGAAUUGCUUUCAUGGAUCAUGUUAUUCUGAGUAUUCUAAAAAGAAGUAGAAGACCUUCUUUUUGAUGAUUGUCUUUUGUGAAUGCAACAUUUUGAAUUCAGACACUUUGUAUUUAAUUGAAUUAUCAUACAUUAUUCAUGAAAAAAAUAAUGUUCAAGCAAUAUAAAAUGUUUACUGUAUUUUUAUGUCCCCCUUCGAAGAAGAGGGGGUAUAUUGCUUCGCUCAUGUCGGUCUGUCGGUCGGUCGGUAAGUCUGUCGGUCGGUCUACAGGUGGUUGUCAGACGAUAAAUCAAGAACGCUUGGGCCUAGGAUCAUGAAACUUAAUAGGUUCAUUGAUCAUGACUCGCAGAUGACCCCUAUUGAUUUUGAGGUCACUAGGUCAAAGGUCAAGGUCACGGUGACCCGAAAUAGUAAAAUGGUUUCCGAAUGAUAACUCAAGAACGCAUACGCCUAGGAUCAUGAAACUUCAUAGGUAGAUUGAUCAUGACUCGCAGAUGACCCCUAUUGAUUUUGAGGUCCCUAGGUCAAAGGUCAAGGUCACGGUGACCCGAAAUAGAAAAAUGGUUUUCGGAUGAUAACUCAAGAACGCAUACGCCUAGGAUCAUGAAACUUCAUAGGUAGAUUGAUCGUGACUUGCAGAUGACCCCUAAUGAUUUUGAGGUCAAAGGUCAAGGUCACGGUGACCCGAAAUAGUAAAAUGAUUUUCGGAUAAUAACUCAAGAACGGGUUUGCCUAGGAUCAUGACACUUCAUAGGUACAUGGAUCGUGACUGGCCGAUGACCCCAAUUGAUUUUCAGGUCACUAGGUCAAAGGUCAAGGUCACAGUGACAAAAAUCGUAUUCACACAAUGGCUGCCACUACAACGGACAGCCCAUAUGGGGGGCAUGCAUGUUUUACAAACAGCCCUUGUCAUUUUUAACUCGGCUUAUAUCACUUUAUUCUUGUGAAGUAUGAAAUAUGGAAUAUGUUAGAGGAUAACAUUUGAAUGUGGAAAAUACUAUGGACCCAAGUGAUAAGAAGAAAACUAAGCUGCCACUUAAGUGUUUAAACUUACCAUAGACAUAUCAGCCUAGAAAAUUACUGAGCCAUGAUGUGGGAAAACUGGGCUAAAUUCAUGUGUGUUAAAAGUCGUCUCAGAUUCGAACACAUGAUCAGGGACAACAAUUUCUUCUUUUUUGAUAAUUUUUGUUUUCAGGAAGUCUCUUUUCAUCGAAUAUCCAGCUUACACAAAAUGUUUCAUUCCUGAUUAGCCUGCGCAGUCCGCACAGACUACAGUUAUCGCACAUGCAUUAAGCCCUUUUUUCCCUGAGUAAGGCUUAUUUACAUUUCAGUUAGUUGUAAAUCAUAUCAACGCCACUAGCUUAACUAAAAGUCAUAUCCAACUUUCAUGUUGCUAUGGUUUAUAUUAUUUAUGAUUACCAGAAAUGUUGCUAAGACGUGAUGUUCAUGGUUUUGUUUGUAUAACAAUUUUUUGUAUGUAUUUUCUGUAUGUACAUAUUUAAAUUGGUAAAAGAGUGUGGUGAAGUAUUUGAUAUGUACAAUCAGAAUGUAACUGUUGAAUAUAUUUUUUUACUUUAGUGUAUACUUGUUAUGAAUUAAGGAUUUGCCCUAAGGGAUCAAAAAGUUUAAUUAAUGAGACAUAUUUGAUCAGCAUUUACUACUUUACAAUUGAUAAGUUUUUUAAAUGAGAAAAUAAUUUCAAGGUAUACGGACAAUCGCUCCUACGGACAAUCGCUCCUACAAUAAAUUUGACAGGGCGGACAGUCGCUCCUAUGAUGUUUUGACAGGGCGGACAGUCGCUCCUAUGAUGUUUUGACAGGGCGGACAGUCGCUCCUACGAUGUUUUGACAGGGAGGACAGUCGCUACUACAUUAUUUUGCCAACCCGGACAAUCGCUCCUACAGUAUUUUGUCAACCCUGACAGUCGCUCAUACAUUAUUUUGACUCCACGGCAAAACGAAGUAUAUGCCCAUCAAAGGUUAACACAUAUAAUUAACCGACUAUGAUACUAUUUGUCGAUUCUUUAAAUGUAAUUUCGCAAACUGUGAAAACAAUAUGUAUAUAUUGUUAUGUCCCACACCUUCAAAUUCACUUCCAAUGUGGAACUUAUAACAAACUAACGCAGUCAGUCUGUGCUAUGCUUAGAGGGUCAUUCGUAUUCAAAGAAGCACACGUCUAAGUCUACAAUACGAUGGGUAUGCAGUAAAAGUCGUUCCAAUUCCUGCAAGGGCUCGCUGAUAAUAGAUCUCAAUAUAAGUCGACAUAUUAAAAUAAUGUUAAUGUUAUUAUGCCCAUUCAUGCUCAGGAAACAUUUUGUGUUAUUGUAACAUAUACAUAUAACAUGUUAUCAAUAUAUUACAAUUUAACACAUGUAAAAAUCGUGCAUUAUCACUUUAACACACUAUUUUAAUAAUCAUAGAAAUGCCGAUUAAGAAAUCGUUCAGUGUCAUAUAUCAAUCGGUCAAGUGGGAUAACAAUGACCUAACCUUUACUUACCUUUAUUAACUUUAAUGUGACGCCAGUCUGUUAUCUUUAUGCGGAUCUUUAUGAACGGUUCGCACAUCAUAGAUGUCAAAGUGGUCAUUAUCGAUUGAUACUAUCAUUGUUGAUAUAGAAAUUAUUGAUUUAAUGAAAUUUAUUGAAAGAUUGUACUUGAAAACGAUUAUUGCGUUUUAUUAAGACUUUUUGAUUGUUACUAACUAAUUUACCAGUAACACAUGUCUUAAAUUUAAUUUUAUAUUUAUAUAUAUACUAUUUAUUUGCUAUUAUAUAAAUAUAACUUAUGAUUUCAGGUAACACAAAUGAACGGUACGAAUCUUCAUUCGCACCAAGCAGAUCAUCACAUGAUUGAAGCGAACAAAUUAAGAUUUAAAAUCACGAACGCUGAACUGACUCGUAUUAAUCGAGAUGUGUGUAUAAAUGUACAUGUGUGUUUCUUUUCGUGUGUAUGUGCUUUCGUUUGCGUAUUUUGUGUGAAUAUAUGUUUAUAAAUGUCAUAUCAUAAAUACACAUGAAAUAAAGAACAACAUUUCAUCAAUGCGGUUUUUAUGCUUAUUCCAUUCGCAAAAUGGCACUUAUUCCAAUAAAUGUAAUGUAGGAACGAAUGUCCCUGAUAGGAAUAAUGCAGUAACCGUUGUCCGAGGUGUCCUUAUAACUAUCUUAUAAUUACAGUUAAACAAUCGACAAACUGUAACAUAGUUUGUUAAUAAGUAAAUUAAUUAUUUAAAAUCCCAUUGAUCGGCUCAUGUUGAAUCGGCUUACUGUUAACAAGUUGGCAAAUUUUAUUGUCGGUUCAUUAUAGGUGUUAGCCUUUGAUCGGCGCAAAUUACGUUUUGCCGUGGAGUCAAAAUAAUGUAGGAGCGACUGUCCGGAUUGGCAAAAUAAUGUAGGAGCGACUGUCCGCCCUGUCAAAACAUCGUAGGAGCGACUGUCCGCCGUGUCAAAACAUCGUAGGAGCGACUGUCCGCCCUGUCAAAUUUAGCGUAGGAGCGAUUGUCCGUAGGAGCGAUUGUCCGUAGGAGCGAUUGUCCGGGAUUCUAAUUUCAACCCUCAAUUUAAAAAACAUUAUUUUUGUACAUAAUUUUUAUCAUUAUACGAAGAAUUUAAUACUUACUUGUUACAUAUUUGCAAAAGUUGAAUUACAUAUUUGUUUAUUAUAUAUUAUUUUACUCUUUGAUUUGCUACAUGUGAUUAAAAUAGUACUGAAGAUUACUAUUGGAAUUAAUAAAUCUAUUAAACAUG